GCGUACAGUAUCACGUGAUAAGAUCUUGGGUCACAUGAUGACAACACUAAGUAAGAUGGCUACCUUCUUUAUCUUCAGCUGCUUGUGCUUCCUGGUAACGGUUUCGCGGGCUCUGGAGCAGGUGUGCUCCUCUUGCCCGGGAGCUAUCAGGAGCUCUUCUGAAGUCUCCCAUCUGUGUCAGAGCACCCAUGGGGCAAAAGUACAGGGUCGUUGCUGUGUGAGCAGAGAAGCGGACAGUGAUGCGAUUAUAGGGCUGGACCUCUGGAACUGUUCACUGGAGCACUUGGAUCCUGCGCUUCAUCUCACUAAUGCCACUGUAGUUAUAGAUAUUUCCCAGAACCCCUUGCACGACCUUCCUUGCGAGCUGUUCCGUGGGCUCACUGGUCUGCAGUACAUUGCUCUGCCCAUAACAAUGAAUUGCCCUGGAGGGGACGACUUGUGGGGGCAAGUGGACAGAAACGGCAGUGAGCGAAUCUGCCAAUACCAGAGGAGCCAGUGCAAUAGCACCGAGGAGCUGAGUUUGCUGUGUCCUGAGAACUCGGUGUGCGCUCCUGAUGGCCCAGGAUACACACAGUGCGUAUGCGUGCCAGGGUUUCAUGGCUAUAAGUGCUUGAGAGAGGGCACCUUCCCCAUGCUGAUGUUCUUUGGGAUCCUUGCGUCAGUGACGGUCACUCUCUCUGUCCUACUGUGGUGUACUCAGCGACGAAAAGUCAAGAAUCAGUAGAAAACUAGAAACUAAGCUGUGCGCAUCAUACGGGGGCAAGAACAUGGAACUUCUACUUACAAAUGGACCAUCCAUGAUCUACCUAUUCCAAAUCCAUGUUUAGGACUGGACCCAGAACCAUAAAUCCCCAAAAGCUUAAGUUCAGUAAGACGACAAAUAUCUCCCAUAAAACUUUACAUCUGAAACUACAAUUUGCAGCAUCAGUACUGCAGCCCUGACAUGGCCACUUGCACUAGGAGGUGCAGGUGUUUUGUACACAGAGAGCAGUGAAUUCUGGGACAUGAUGCUGGUCAUACAUAUUAAAAUACACAUGUGCAUCAGGCAA